CAGAACUGAGCCUCCACUUUAGUCAAUCCUCUCUGGUUGGAGGGAUCCUCUGCUAAUGCACCUGUCAAUUACUGCAUGCAGCAUGACGAGCGACGUUUUUUUUCUCCCAAUGUGAUCAUCAAGAUUAACAAUAACGAGUAAUUAAAGGAAUAUUGCGACGAACUUCUCGAACAGUCCACAAAUAUUUCACUUAUUCGCGUGACCUGCGGUCAAUUUUAACCAAUUGGUGUUGCGAUUUUUUUUUUCGUUAUCAGAGAUCAAUUAUCUGGUAUAUUAAUUGAUGCGGUAUCGUUUGCUUUUAUUAAUCGAUUAAUCAAUUUUUCAAUUGACUUUGGCAUUCCACAAUGGCUGGGAAUACUGAUGUCUACGACGAUUUGUAUCUGUACACAACAAAUGAAAAGUUUUAUGUCGAGGCAGUGGGCACGAAAGUGCUGCUGAUAGUUGACAGACUGAAUCAACAUAUCUUUACCCAAGUUGGAACAGCUAGUCAAAUUCCCCAGACAGCGAGCAGACGAAAGAUAUGGGGAAUAGUCGGAACAAUUCGUCUAUUAGCUUGUAGAUACUUCAUAGUAGUAACUGAAGCUGAACAGAUUGGAACGAUUGCUGGCCAGCAGAUUUUCAAGACCAUCACCACCGAGGUCAUACCGUAUUCAAAAUCAGACCUGCAUUUGAGUGAAAAGCAAAUUCAAAAUAACACGACUUACCUGGAGAUGAUAAAGACAGUGUUAAAUACACCGUAUUUUUACUUCAGUUACACAUACGAUCUCAGUCAUUCCAUGCAGAGGCUGCACAAUACACCACCCGAAUUUCUCCAGAUGCCACUCCAUGAACGAGCAGAUUCUCGCUUCAUCUGGAAUGCUUACCUCCUGGAGGACUUGUCAUCACGCCCCGAACACGCGAAAUUCUGCUUGCCAAUCAUCCAUGGAUUCAUUUCCCUGAAUACUGUUGUUGUAAAUGGUAUAUCAUUCAAUUGGGGAAUAAUUUCUCGUCGAAGUGUUCACAGGGCUGGCACUCGGCUCUUCUCCCGAGGAAUUGAUGCCAACGGUAAUGUCUCCAAUUACGUUGAAACAGAGCAAAUAAUUGAGGUAAAUGGAGAUCGAAGUUCCUUCGUUCAGACGAGAGGAUCAAUCCCCCUCUUCUGGCAGCAAUCGCCCAAUCUGAAGUACAAGCCAAAGCCCCAGCUCAACUCCCACGAGAAUCACCAGGUCGCAGCAUCCAGACAUUUUGAUACCCAGAUUUUUCAUUAUGGAAAACAGAUACUCGUGAAUUUGAUAGAUCAUCGUGGAGCUGAGGACGUCCUUGAGAAAGCCUUCAGGGAUACUGUGGCGAGAAUAGGCAAUCAAAAUGUGAGAUAUGAGGCCUUUGAUUUUCAUGCUGAGUGCAGGCACAUGAGGUGGGAUCGAUUGAACAUUCUCAUGGAUAGAUUGGCGCACGAUCAGGAGCAGAUGGGUUACUUUCUUCUCUCCAGGGAUGGAGCUCUGCUCUCCGUGCAGGACGGUGUCUUCAGGACAAAUUGCAUUGAUUGUCUUGACAGGACGAACGUUGUCCAAAGCAUGUUGGCUAAAAGAGCGUUGACUGACGCCCUGGGGAGAAUGGGAAUUCUGACGAGACUCGAGGAUCAUCCCAGUUUCGAACAACUCUUCAAACACGUCUGGGCUGACAAUGCUGAUGUCGUUAGCACUCAGUAUUCCGGGACUGGAGCAUUGAAAACUGAUUUCACGAGGACUGGCAAGCGGACGAAGGUUGGGGCACUCAGGGAUGGCAUCAACUCCUUGACGAGAUAUUAUAAAAAUAAUUUUGCUGAUGGAUAUCGUCAGGACGCCAUUGAUUUAUUCCUUGGAAGGUACAUCAUUCAAGACGGUGAAUGCAUGAGUGUGAAAUGUCCUUUGGAAUUCGAAAGGAAUUGGCGGUACGCAACAUUCCCUCUGGUCCUUUUAAUUGCAUCAUCGAUGCUCAUUGCUCACGUCAUACUGCCAUCGAGUUACACCACAGAUGUUCUUCUCUACAUGCUCUUCUGGGGUGCCAUGGUGGCAGGUACAUUCGCAACAAUUAUCCAUCAUGGCAAACAGUACGUCGACAAGCCAAAAUUAUUAUAGUCACCAACACUUUACUUAUCCUGAUUAUCAUUGCGACGAAAAUUUCAUGAAUUACGUUUGUGAAAUUUAACCAGCGGUGUAGAAUAAAUAAAAUGUAUUUAAAUUUAA